AGGCCAUCGCGGACAAGAUAGCGUCGAAUUUCGCCAUGGCCACCGUGUGGGCAGUCGACGCUGCCAAGAUGUCCAACCGCAACUGUGCAUUGAGCGGCUCCUGCCUCAAGGACGACUCGGAGUGGAAGCCGGUCGGCGCGGACUCGGUGAAGCUGACCGAGGAGGCGAUGAAGCAUACCGUCCGGAUCAUAGAGGAAAUGAAGUAUCUCACCAUCGCCGAUUUUGAUGACCACUUAGCAGACGCGUCGCAGAACUGGCUGCCACACUUGACUUUGUGCAUGCCGCUUCGUGUUUUGCCUCUUGUUUGUAUGGAGCAGAGCAGUGGACAGCUUCCCUACUGGCCAAAGCAACACCUAAGGAUGCGUCCGUCAACUGAUCCGUGUCAAUCUUCUCUUGUAAGAGCCAACGAAGCUGAAUCUUCCAACGUAUGCCAUAAUUACAGGUACGAUAUCGCAGACAUUGUUUGGCAUUAUUGCAGAGACUGUUACUGUUGCUAGCACGCUGUUGAUAUGAGCUUCGGUUCAACUAAGGGGGGCAGUCUUCUACCCACGGCUGGUCGACGAGCAUUUGAUUAUCGCUGUAGCCUCUGCGAUCCCAUUGGAUUAUUUAAUCGCUUCGCUCAUUCCGCCGGCCCAUAUUGUCGCACCGUUGUGGGCUAGCCGAAAAUACUGUUAACCAGGUACCGGAGAUCUUAGCACGCCCUGUGGAUUAUUUUCCAAAACGGCUAUGCGCUUCAUGCUGCGUGGGAUGUGUUUGAAUGUUUUCGUCUGCGUUGGUAUGGUUCCUCGCGAGGCUGAACACGGAUUUGUUCAAAGGUGAUCCACUCGCUGCUAUGACACUGCCGGACGCCAUCCAACUAUGCUCUCCCUCUCUCUCUCUCUGUCUCUCUCUCUCCCUCAUUGACUGUGAUAUCAGCGGGGUGUAUCUUUUUAGCCAGACAUAAUAUGAAGACGCAUUGAUGGUAUUCAUCUCGGCACAGCUGUGACGUGCGUCUCUGUCUCCAUUUGUACCCCUGUUUCUGGAUAUCGAGAUCUUGCCAUACCGCACUGCAGCAUUCAGGCAUUGAUUACGCCUCGGUCUUUUUCCUUCUGGCUUCCGUUGUUCCAAGCCCUCCUCGUCCCGUCAUUAUCGAUUUUGGUAAUUUCUUAAUCGCUUUGGUCAUAGUCUUCCAGAUGCUGUUGGCACCCCUCCUGCCCCUUCCCUGGCGCCCGUCAUCUGUUUCCUCCAUCCCCCCGCUGUCUGCGCGUCCACGUCCUCCCUGGGCCGCUUCCCGCUCACGCGAUCCCCGAUCCUCCCCUCCAUCUGCACCCCUCGUGGUCAAGUGCCGCUGCAAUCUCCCCUUCACGGCGAGGACGAGUGAGUGCCACCUCCGGCUGCUCUGCGGGCGUCUUCGGCCGCGGCGCCUGCCUGCCGUCGGGCGUCUCGGCGGUCCCCCCUCUCCUCCCUCGGCUGACGCGUUCGUGGAGCCGCGCUUCUCGACCUUCCCCCCCCCGUCUCUCCCCGCACCCCGCGCUCGAGCGCCUCAUCUCGCCGCGCGCGACCGCCACUCGCGACGGGCUUGCACCGCUCCUCGCGGGGCAGGAAAGCGGCCCGCCACCUCUGCCCGUCGCUUCGGGGUCCCGGAGCGCCGCUGUGCCUGCCUGGCAGCCUGACCGGGGCCACGGGUGGGCUGCCGCCUUUCUGAUGCAGCUGCCUGCGGCGAGCCCCCGCCACCGUGCCAGCGCAGCAGCGCAGCAGCGCAGCAGUAAGGAGGUCGAGUUUAAGAUCGGCUCCUUCUCAGUGCCCUGGCCGAACCGGCGCGGGUCUGAACCCCUCCCACUUUGUCGGCAG